AAGAAAAGACAUUGUCUAUCAAAAGUAGGUUUGAAUAUGGAAGGCCCUAACGACAGGAAGGAGAUAGAAGCAGUGCGAUAUCGAGGUGUUCGAAGACGGCCAUGGGGAAAAUACGCGGCGGAGAUUAGAGACCCGUCGAGACAUGGAACAAGACUGUGGCUAGGAACAUUUGAUACUGCGGAGGAGGCGGCUCGUGCAUACGAUAGGGCAGCAUUCAACUUGAGAGGUCAUCUUGCGGUUCUUAAUUUUCCGAAUGAGUAUUACUCUCAAAUUUCAGGGUAUUGUCCUCGUCCUCGGACUCAACAAACCGGAAGUUCUUCGUCGUCUAGAGGGCAAGAAAGGCAAGUUUUCGAGUUUGAGUGUUUGGAUGAUGCGGUGUUGGAUGAGCUUCUUCAAUCAGAUGAUGAUGAGAAGAAAAAAUAAAUAAACACAAGAUUCAGCAUUUUUAUGUCUAGGGUUUUUCACCUUUGACUUGCUUGCUUCUUGGAUUACUCUAGCUAUCAUAAGGCUAGCUUUUAUGUAUACAUAUAUCCAUUAGAUUUUAAUCUGAUGAGUGCUAGAUUUUAGUUUUGGAUGUUCGCCCUGCUAAAAUAUAUAUAUGAGAUGAAUAAGAUUUUCAAGAAAUUUACAGUUUAAGAUUUUCUA